GUCCCUGUCGGAACACCGAAGUUCCUUGAAUACAGGCCACUUUGAUCAGUUUAUAUUAUAUAUAUCUGCAAAAUCAUAGAAUGUCAUAGUUGUAUCCACUCUUAACAUUCAUAGACGGACAAAGUCCAUGGAAACCCGCGGGAACGGCGACAGUCAGUCACGGGGGAAGAAGAAAGCGGUCAUUUACACCAAAGUUCCGCCCUCACCAUAAUCCACAUGAACGGUUAAAGCGGUCGAUUUUACCAGAACCUGGACAUAAAACUGUAGAGAUAGCUUUUAUGCUGGACGACGCUGUUAUGUCAAUAUUUCAUCAACGGCAUCCGAAUGACGAAGCAGCAGCUGAGAAUGAGGCAAGAUUAUAUGUGGCAUUACUGACCAUUGAGAUGAACGUGUAUCUUUCAACAAUAAAGGACGUGUCCGGCGGGGCUCUAGAUAUAUAUGCUUAUCCGACUGAUGUAGUUUUUCCCCAGAAAGGAAAGGAUUUUCAGUGGGCUUAUGACUACAAAGACGGUACAGCAUUGCGUACAGAUUACAAUUUCGACGUCAAACUCCGACAGACAGUUAACGGCGGCUUUUCAAACAAACAGUGGGACCACGUGAUGGCUUUAACAGGGCUUGACUUAUUUGACGUAGAAACUGGUUCCUACAGUUUGCUAGGUUACGCCUACCGUAGCACAGUCUGUUACCCAAGCUGGCACUACUAUGCUGCCUACAGGUACUCGAUCAACGAAGUAAAGUCGUACAACAUUGGGAGGAUUGCCGCACACGAACUAGGCCAUGCGCUAGGAAUGAAACAUGACGUAGAUGACCCCUGUCCCAGAAAUGUAAACAUGAUGUCUCCUUCGAUCUUCAACCCCAACUCCACGUCGAUGAGUACAUACUUCCGAUUUUCAGCUUGUAGCGUAGACGAUUUGAAAAAGCAUCUGUUUAGUAUGCCUAAUUGCACUACGGAGAACAGUUUUACACAAAGCCAGUUUGAAACGUUUUUCUGCAACGGAUUAGCAGGCUCACAAGACAAUAGUUUAGAUCGUCAGUGUCAACGAAGAACUGGCUGGACCGGAAGUAAAGCUUGCAAUACAAUAUCAAGUGACAAAGAUUGCUAUGCAAGGUAUCGUGUACGCUGCACUGUUGAAAGACGCUUCUGUGGUGCUUACCUUAAAUACGUUUGGAACGGUACACCAUGUGGGACAGAUAAGGUUUGCUACCAAGGUAAAUGUACUGAGAAAUUUGACGUAUGCGAGAACACAACAACCACAUCUACGACAAGCACGACUUUUACAUCGAGUUCUUCUUCAACGAGUUCGACAUCAUCAACGUCGUCUUCAACAAAUACGACUACGGAAUCUACGACAUCGAGCACGACUUCAACAACGACUGCACGUACUGCUACGUCUAUCACCCCUUCUACAACUAGUACAGAAGAACCUACAUCAGCUCCUUGCAACUGUUGUGGCUUCAAAAGAAACAAACGUAGAAAACGUUGUUGUAAAACAGGAAGAAAAAAAGAAAAUGCAGCAUGUUACUGUUGCCAACAACUGCGAGAUGUUGAACCACCUAAAGGAUUCGAUGGUCCAACAUACGCUGAAAACGAAUAGUGCUUUGUUUGACCGUAUAUGGCUCAUUUCGCAUAAUGUUUACGACUGAAGUUUUUCCGUACACAAAAAUAUCCGUACGCAUAAAACUCACCGAUGAGCUCGCCGAUGAGCUUUGUCUAGCUGCAUAAUGUUUAUCAAUAAGUUAUGUCCGAACGCAUGAAGUGUACACCAAUGACAAUUGUCCGUACAUUUAAAACUCGCAGAAGAGCUACAUGUAUGCCUGUACGCAUAUGCUCACCGAUGAGCUAUCUUCGUACGCAUAUAGUUCGCCAUUGAACUAUGUCCGUACGUAUAAAGCUCACCAGUUGUGGUACGUCUUUACACAUAAAGGUCACUGGUGAACCUAGGUCGUACGCAUAAACACACCGAUGAACUAUCUCCGUAAGCAUAAAGCUCGUCAUUGGUUUAUUAAACAAUAUUUUAUUAAACACAAUUCAUUUUCAACAUGUACAUAUAUCUAAAAGGCAUACAGAAUUGAGUAGGAAGCUGAAAGCUCGUCAUUGAACCAUGUCAGUAUGCUGAUGUGCUAUUUCUGUACGCUUAAAGCUCACUGGUGAACUGUCCGUACGUAUAAAACUCACAGGUGAACUAUGUCCGUACGCAUAUAAAGCUCGCUGAUGAACUAUGUCCGUACGCAAAAAGUUCACCUGGGAACUAUGUCCGUACGCAAAAAGCUCACUGAUUAACUAUGUCCGUACGCAAAAAGCUCACCUAUGAACUAUGUCUGUACGCAAAAAGCUCACCUGGAAACUAUCUCCGUAAGCAAAAAGCUCACUGAUUAACUAUGUCCGUACGCAAAAAGCUCACCUGGGAACUAUGUCCGUACGCAAAAAGCUCACUGAUUAACUACGUCCGUAC